AUGAAUACUACUCGUAAUCCCGAGUUUAACUUUUCCGCGUACGGUGUGCUGCACGUGCAUUUCCGUUCGACCAACUGUCUCAAAUAUAGACGCGAACCAUUCGUUACCUGGCAAACGUUGGUGGCCACCUUUGGCGGAAUCCUUGGACUCUGUUUUGGAGGUUCCAUCCUGAGCUUAAUUGAGGUUGCGUUUCUCUUCGGCGUCGUUCCUUUCACCGUGUAUAAAGCAAUGAAAAAUAAGACCAAGGCACAUCCUUCGCCUACAGUUAAUGCCAUCUCGUACGUGAACUAUCCGAGACAUCAGCCGUUGGGAUAUUUUAGACGCAAGGAAGUUAUGGCACGAACCAUCAACAAUGGAUUGUGGAAAGCGGAAAAAAGGAUGCACGCGGAUAGUCCACGCUGGAAGCAACACUACAUCGAUGAGAUCAGAAUAAUACCAUGAGAGGGAGUUAUUUGCAAAAGUGGUAAUACUGCCGAGAUGAUUUAAGGUACAAACUUAAAGUACAAACACUGCGAAACUAAUCUGCUUAAUAAAUCCAAUGAGUGCAGUGAAGCAGUUUUGAUGUUCUUGAACGUAACUGAAUAAUUAGUAUUCACUUUGGUUUUAGUUAUGCUUUACUAUUCCUUUAUGCAUCAAAUGAAAAUAGAAAAUUUUAGAGAAAUA